AGCAUUUAACUUGCUGUAUCUCGUUUUUCUGCGGAUUUAUUGUGUCGCGUCAUUUUCCGUACUUCCGUCGGGAACUGUGGACGGACUUCAUCAUGUCAAAAUACACCCCAAUACUUUGGCCUAAAGUUAUUUUAUUUGGCGACUCAAUAACACAGUUUUCUUUUCAAGGCAGCGGCUGGGGAGCAGAAAUUGCUGACAAGCUUCAAAGAAAAUGUGAUGUCGUAAACAGAGGACUGUCUGGCUACAACUCCAGAUGGGCCAAGAUUGUUCUUCCUCGCUUCAUUAGCAGCCAAAACUCCACAGACAACGUCAACAUAAAAGCUGUUACUGUCUUCUUUGGAGCCAAUGACUCUGCACUGGAGGAUAAGAGCCCACAGCAGCAUAUACCUCUGCAGGAGUAUUCAGAGAACCUGAAGGAGAUCCACCGGUUUCUGAGCUCAGCUGGUGUGUCAGCAGACAAAGUUAUCUUUAUCACUCCCCCUCCUAUUCAUGAGCCAGCCUGGGAGAAAGAGUGUAUGUUAAAAGGAAGUCCUCUCAAUCGCCAUAACUCUGUGGCAGGUCAGUACGCCCAAGCCUGUGUCCAGGCAGCCGGUCAGUGUGGUUCAGAUGUCCUUGAUCUCUGGACUCUCAUGCAGAAAGAUGGACAAGACUACACCGUCUACCUGUCUGAUGGGCUGCACCUCUCAGAAAAGGGAAACAGCUUUGUGGCUCAGCAGCUGUGGGGACUGCUGGAGAGCCGCGUAGCUGAGCUGCCCUUCAUCCUGCCUUACUGGGGAGACGUAGACCCCAAGUCCCCAGAGAGUAGCCUCCUCUGCAACCAGUGAGGGAAGGACCCUCGUUCUGAAAACAUUUGAACCUGCCAGACUGGACAUCAUGCACAUGGUCAUACUAGAGCUGUAAUACAUUAUACAGUAAAUCAAAUGGAAGACUGUGUUGACAAUUAAAAUGCACAAUAAAGAUUUUUUUAUUAACUUGAAA